AUGCCCUCCUCCGUCCAUUCCCAGGAUCAGGACCAGUCCAUGGUCGACGCAGAGGCGCAGCAGCAAAACGGCAGUGCGGGCGAAGAAUACUUUGAGACUGCUGAGGGGAGAAUUACUAUUCUGCCCGGAGCAACCGAGACAGCUGCUUCAUUCCAGUUUGAUGAGGAGGGCCACACCCUGGGUAAUGCUUUGCGAUAUGUGAUUAUGAAGAAUCCCAACGUUGAAUUCUGCGGCUACACAAUCCCACACCCUUCAGAGGCAAAGAUGAACCUGCGCAUUCAGACAUAUGAGAACACAACCGCCAUCGAGGCCCUCGAAAAAGGCCUGGACGAUCUCAUGGAUCUGUGCGAUGUCGUCACAGAAAAAUUCACCGCCGCGCGCGACGAGUUUAAUGCCGCGCAGGAAGAUCGGAUGUCUUCUUGA